CAAACGAACAGCUAGCAAGGUAAUAACUAUGGAGCGCGAAGAUCAGCACGUAAAGAACGGUGGAUUGGCACAUGGAGUGGGGCUGGAGAACACGACGAGGUGGAAUCCGACCAAGGAGCAGAUAACUAUGCUGGAGAAUCUGUAUGAGCAAGGGGUGAGGACUCCCAGUGCGGAAUUCAUACAGGCGGUAACGGCGAGGCUCAGGGCUUAUGGUCACAUUGAGGGGAAGAAUGUGUUUUAUUGGUUUCAGAAUCACAAAGCGAGGCAGAGACAGAAGGAGAAGCAGGAGGCUAGCUUGGCUUAUUUCAACCGCUUUCUCCAUAAGGCGGCGGCCUCUCAGUACCCACUAUAUCCUCCUCCCCAAUAUCCUUGCGCAAAUGUGAUCUGCAGCCCCUAUUAUAUACCUCCAGUGCCAAGUGAAAUACGGUUCUAUUCACAAUCUCAUCCCAAGGUGCCUCCACAAUCUGUUGGGGUAAAGAGGAGACCAAGAAUCGAGAAACUGGAUGUGCCAACAAGAACUUGCAGUGGCGGUGGUAGUGGAGGGUAUGAGCCAAUGCGCCAUGGAUAUGGCAGAGGGGGCUGUAUUGAUGUCAAUGAUGCCACUAACAGAUUAAUGAGCAACUCUGAUGAUCCAGAAACACUGCCACUGUUUCCUUUGACACCCACAGGCCUCCUACAGGGCAGAGAUGAAGGCCCUUCUACUUCAGAUGGUAAUUAUGCUCAGAAUUCGACUGCUCUCGUUAGCUCUUCUGGUAUUGUAGAGGGUCAUGGUGACCAGCCUAGUUUCUACGAUUUUUUCAGUGGAGGACAAGGCAGUUGUGACAGAUUGAAUUGA